UGCACUGGAGGUACUCGAAGCGGAAGCCAAAGAAUGGGACAAAGUGCGUUUGCUUAAUCGCUCUCCCUCCACGACGACAGUCUGCUGACCCUACCAACAAGGAUGCCGAAAUCGACCGCAUUCUCAAGGCCUUCAGGCUCAACGCGUAAGCUCUCCUUGGAGAAAACCCCCCCUCCUCCAUAUCCGAGCGACUGUCACUAAACCAGUCUCUCUCCUCAGCUACGCCGUGCUAGGUCUUAAGCCCGGCGUGCCCGAGUCCGACAUCAAGAACACAUACCGCAAAAAGUCUCUCCUGAUCCAUCCAGACAAAACCAAAAAUCCGCUCGCACCCGAAGCGUUUGACCGUCUAAAAAAGGCGCAGACGGAGUUGAUGGACGAGAAGCAGCGCAAGCACCUGGACGAGGCCAUUGCCGACGCGCGCAUGCUGCUGAUUCGCGAGAACAAGUGGACCGUCGACAGCCCGGAGCUCAAGACAGAGGACUUUGAGCGCAAGUGGGCCGAAAAGACCAAGUUCGUGCUCAUCGAGAACGAGCAGCGCCGCCGCCGCCAGCUCAAGGCCCAGAUGCAGGAGGAGGGCCGCGAGCAGCGCCGCCAGGAGGAGGAGGCCGAGGCCAGGCGCCGCAAGCGCCAGCACGAGGAGGACUGGGAGGCCACCCGCGACCAGCGCAUCAACAGCUGGCGGCAGUUCCAGAAGGCCAAGACGGGCGGCGGCGGCGAGGGAGGGGCCGGGGAGGGCCCAGAGAAGAAAAAGAAGAAGAAGUUGAAGCCUAUUGGGUGAAGGAAAUCCAGCCUGCCUCUUUUAUAGGAGGUCGUCUUCCCGGUUUCGUCUGGAGUCAAGGCUUGCGGGCUCUGUUACGCGCGGUUGCCGCCAC